CUCCACACUACCACAGACCAACAGUCCGAGUAGAGCGGAUUUUGCAGUUCAGUGUUUGAGAGAGAAAGGCGAAGGAGAAAGGAUGGGUGGAGUUGUUAAGGAGUUGAAAUCAAAGGAAGAGCUUAACAAGGUUAUCGCCGAUGGGUCGCCGGUGGUUGUGCACUUCUGGGCCACAUGGUGUGAGGCUUCCAAGCACAUGGACCAAGUCUUCUCCCACCUCUCCACUGAUUUCCCUCAUACUCACUUCCUCAGGGUAAGCCUUUAUCCCAUGCCCAAAUCAUAUGCCUUCUGCGUGUGUCUGUUGUGGUUAUGCUGUCAUGUGAAUAAAUCGACUUAGAAUUAUUAAAAUUAAUGCUAAAAUCGUGAGAGAGCUAUGGGUCAUGGUAAAUUGUAAGUCUUUUGUUUAUUGAAUGGUUAAAAUGUUUUCUUUUUCUAAUUAUCCUGAGAUGAAUAUAUUCUUUUUGUUCAUGGAGCUUUAAAUGUGAUGAGGUUUGGAGACGUUAUUGAGUAUAAGUACGACCUUUUUUAGGAUGGCCAAUACCUUUCUUAGAAGAUAAGUUAUCUUUAAACUUUAGUGUCUGUUUGAAUGGAGAGUUUUUGUUGGGUUUAGCGCAGAAGGGUUUGAAGGCUUACUCUAUAGAAGAAUGCUUCUAAAUCAAAUAAAGGGCAAUCAGAGUAUUGUUUUAUCAGUAAUUGUGGUACACUUCACUUUAUAUGAAAAUCCCUCAAAUGCAUAUCAAUUUAUACACGUAGCCCUCCAUUCCAAAACUCUCUGAAACCAACUCCCUAACUGACUUAUAGUGUAAGGUCUAAACUCAGA